UGAAGUUAGCAGCUCACACGCAACGAGAAUUUUUGUGUAAUCAAAAACUCCAGACAAGAAACUAUCGAGUCAACUCAAGAUCGGACGCCGAAGACAGUCACAUCGGAGACGGGAAAAACAUCAGGAAAAUUAAAAAGUUAAAUUUUUCCUUGAGAUCUGAUAUGCUACAAUGAACCAAUCCAGAGAAAAUGGGCAACCUGCUCAUCAGGAUCUGCGAGGUGUCAAGAUGGGAAGUGUGACAAAUCCCAGGAGAUUUCGAAAUCAAGACUUUGAAUCUCUAAGAGAAAUUAACCUGAAAAACAAAGUGUUAUUUGAAGAUGAAACAUUCCCAGCAAACAUGAAAAGUAUUGGUCCGAAGCUGGAAAAAGAGUUCAAAUCACGUAAAAUAGAAUGGAAGAGGCCGAAACCAAGUGAAUGCCCUCGUCUAGUGGUGGAUGGUAUUUCUUUAUUUGACAUUAUACAAAGUGGACUAGGUGACUGCUGGGUCUUAUCAGUUCUUGGGGCUCUCACUUAUAAAGAAAACCUGCUGAAGAAUAUAUUCCCGUUAAAUCAAGAAUAUGAUCGAAGCUAUAGUGGUAUCUUCCAUUUCCGGUUCUGGAGUUUUGGUGAGUGGUGGGAUGUCGUAGUCGAUGACAGGCUGCCAUAUUUAGAUGGAAAACAUUUAUCUGCUAGACCAUCAACUGAAAAUGAAUUAUGGCCUUGCCUUUUGGAGAAAGCCUAUGCAAAGCUCCUCGGAUCAUAUCAAAACUUGCAUUUUGGAGUACCUGCAGAAGCCUUUACAAACUUUACCGGUGGACUGGCGAUGUCAUUUGAAUUGAAAAGUGAUAUUGAGCUACCUGACCUGUUUCACAUGAUUAAAUAUGCGUGUCUAGAGACCGUCAUGAUAUGCACCACAAAAAUUAAGGAUGGAACAGAAAGAAACAGAGGUAACAGUAUCCCAUCCUUGUAUAAACAUAAGCUAAUGCGGAGGGGCAGUGUGCCUGUCAUUUCAAUUCCUGAAAAUGUUCACCUGGGGAAUGGAUUGGUGGAAAGCCAUUCAUAUUCUAUUGUUGGCACAGCACAGGUUCAUUUUCGAAACCAAUUGGUGAAUUUAAUUCACAUCUGGAACCCUUGGGGCUAUGGAGAAUGGACUGGAGCCUGGAGUGACAUGUGUCCAUUUUGGAAGGAAGUGCCUGAAGCCGAAAGCCAGUCUCUGCUCGUAAAGAGGGAAGACGGAAUGUUCUAUAUGUCUUUUGAAGACUUUGUCGCACACUUUUUUAAAUUGGUGAUCUGCAGCCCUUUACCAGACUUCUUGGAUUGGGACUAUCAGCCUAAACAAUGGUACAGGCAAAUGUUCUGGAACACCUGGCCUAAAGGAAUCGUAAAUAAAAAUGGUGACAGGCAAGAUUUGAUUUUCAAGAAUCCACAAUAUCUGAUACAAAUAAAUGACAGUGAUGCGGUGGUGAAAGGGUUCAAUGUGGUGAUAUCGCUCAGGCAACAUCCAGCAAACCAGAAGAAGUUUCACGGGGAAUGGCCAUCAGUAGCAUAUCAAAUUAUACCAGUGGAUUCCAAGGUAUGGACAUUAAGAAGAAUGUUGGAUGUAGAUGGCAAAAUAAAUACUAAAACUGGAAAAUAAAACCUAGUAAAUAAAGGACAGACUAAUAUCAUUUUAUAAUUCAAAAGAAAAACUGCAGAGUUCUCAGACUCACAAUCAAUUUGCUUCAAGAUUGGA